CCUUGAUUGCUCUUGAUCUACUCCGUAGCCCCGGGCUCCUUUUAAUCUCUGCAACUCCUGCUCCGAUUCCUUCUUUUCUUCUCCCUCUUUCUCUUCAUCAUCUUUCGUCUUCGGUCCUGGACCUGUUCCUUCAUUUUCGACCUGUGUCCCUUGCAGACAGUUCAUUACUAUAUACCAAGCGAGCUCCCCCCCGGUAGUCGUUUUAGUUCGCACCUUUCUCGACCACCUAGUAAUUCGACACAAACCUUUCACAAUGUCCCUGAUUCAUGCCGAUAACCUGGCUCCUCAGCCAUGGACCGAUGUCUUCACCGAUGACACCUGUAUCGACCGCCGCCAAUGCCACCGUACCGUGCCCAUGAAGGUGCUGGCUCUUGGUGUGGGAAGAACCGGAACUGCUUCCCUUCGCAUUGCCCUGGAACGCCUGGGCUAUAUGAAGACCUACCACAUGAUGUCCGCCAGUAUGGAGAACCCUCCCGACUGCCUGAUGUGGCACGACGCCCUGGCUGCCAAGUACGACGGUGUGGGAGAGUUCGGUAGGAAGGAGUGGGAUCAGCUUCUGGGAGACUGCCAGGCCGUUUGUGACUGGCCCGCUUGCGCCUUCGCUAAGGAGCUGAUCGAAGCCUACCCUAACGCCAAGGUCAUUCUGACUACCCGUGAAGUGGACUCAUGGCAUGCAUCCGUUAUGAAGACUGUUUGGUGGCGUGUUUCCGACCCUGAGCACAAGCUCGUUUCGAACUUCAGCUGGGCCGCCAGCAUGUACUACCCCAUGCUCAACAAAUUCUUCCAGACCUUCUUCCGCGGUGACUUCCCCAACAAGGGCAAGCAGGUCUACCUGGACCAUGUCGAGGAAAUCCGCAGCCUUGUCCCUCCCGAGAGACUGCUUGAAUACAAGAUCCACGAAGGCUGGGGCCCGCUCUGCGAGUUCCUGGGCGAGGAGGUCCCCGACACUCCUUUCCCCCGUGGUAACGACAUGGCCGACUUCUUCAAGCGCUGCCGCGGCCGCAACAGGCGCCAGAUGCUGAACGCCGCCCUACAGGCUGUCACCAUGGGUGGUGCUCUGCUUGCGACGGGGUUGGUUGCUACCAUGGCCUUCAAGCGCUUCUCGCGGUAGAGGCGCUUCUAUGUCGUGAUCUUUCCUUUUUUCCGCAGCAUGCGCUGGGCGCCAAUGCUGCGGGUCGUUGCUCUAUUUUGCUUUAAUUAUUCCCAAAACCGUUUUGCUGAUGUUGAUAUAUACCGAUGAGCGUACCACCCUGAUGUGGGGUGCUUUGAUAAUACCGAUGUUUUUUAUUUCCUUGUUUUCUGGCUGGAUUUGGCUGUAUGGCUGUAUGGCUGGCAGUGGGUAGGGGGUUUCUUGGCUUCGUUUAUUAGACUUACAACUCCUGGCUGGAUUGUUGUUGCCUGGCGCGGAUGGAGUCGACGAGAGAUGAAUAUACAUUACUUGGCC